AUGGAUAAAGUGCUCGAGAAAGUUCCCAACAUGGCGCCCGACGGCCCGCUAGGAACAGAGAAGAAAGGCCCUCUUUCCGUCGUAGGAGAUCCCCUCGGUCAGGUCCUGGGCUACGCCACGAAACCUCUCGGUCACGUCACCGGAGCUAUUGGAAAUCCCAACGGAGAGGCCAUGCUGGAGGUUCAGAAGCAAGCAAAGCGAGAUCAUGCUUAUAGCGGGGAAGACAACGGCAAGCCUGACUCGGAGCUUCCCGGCGGCGAGCGGAUUGGAGGAAAGACUCAGUCGGGUGACAACCCUUUGGGACUUUGA